AUGCCAGGCUCUGUCCUCUCUCCAGGAGCAACAUCACUGAUGUGUGUGACAUGCCACCUCCGCACAGAGUCAGACCACUGCAGAAGGGGCUUCGGUGUUUGCGUUGCGCAGAAGCAUGAAACAUGCAUGAGCAUGAGGGUCUACUCCAAUGGCACUCUCCUGAUGUCAUACAUGGUAUGUCAGAGAUUCUGCAAGAAUUUGACAUACAACGCCAACAAUCGAAGUUAUGUUCAUAAAUGUUGCAACUAUGAUUACUGUAACUUCAGACUCUAA